CUCGCCCUCCGCGUUUCCGGUGAGGAUUGCGCGAGGCCUCCCGAGGCCGGAGACCGAGUUUCGCUUUACAGAAGUGCUUUGGCUUGCGGCCGUUUGGAAUAGGUAUGAGUGAUUUCAGUGAAGAAUUCACAAGGCCUAUGACGGAGGAUGAACAGGGGGAAACAUCUGUGGCGUCUGGUACAGGAAUGCAUUUUCCUUGGCUUCACAAGCUUGUAGAAACUGUGGUGAUUGGAGGGAAAAAGAAGAAGGAUUUUGCUCAGACAACAAGUGCUUGUUUACGUUUUAUCCAAGAAGCGCUGCUGAAGCACCAGUGGCAGGAAGCUGCAGAGUAUAUGCACAGCUAUUUUCAGACCUUGGAGGAUUCAGAUACCUACAAAAAGCAGGCUGCGCCUGAGAUUAUUUGGAAGCUUGGAAGUGAAAUUCUGUUUUAUCAUCCCAAAAGCAAUGUGGAGACUUUCAACACCUUUGCUGACCGGAUGAAAAAUAUUGGCGUCUUGAAUUAUUUAAAGAUCUCCCUACAACAUGCACUGUACCUUGUGCAUCAUGGAAUGCUGGAGGAUGCAAACAGAAAUCUAACUCAGGCAGAGACAUGGAGAUACGGUGAGAAGUCAUCUUCCCAGGAAAUAUUGAUCAAUCUUGUUCACGCCUACAAAGGGCUUUUGCAAUAUUACACUUGGUCAAAAAAGAAGAUGGAAUUGUCAAAGCUUGAUAAAGAUGAUUAUUCUUAUGGCACUGCAUCCCGAAGUAUGCUCAGCCACAGUUGCAAGACAUCUGCAAAUCUUGGUACAUUGAUUGAAACUCCGGGAGUUUGGGACCCUUUUGUGAAGAGUUACGUAGAGAUGCUGGAAUUCUGUGGUGAUCAAGAUAGAGCCCGAAAAGUCCUCACUAAUUAUGCAUAUGAUGAAAAGUUCCCAUCAAAUCCGAAUGCCCAUAUCUACUUAUACAACUUUCUGAAGAGAGAAAAGGCACCAAGAGCAAAACUGCUAAGUGUGCUUAAGAUUUUGUAUCAGAUUGUACCAUCUCAUAAACUGAUGUUAGAAUUCCAUACGUUACUUAAAAAAUCAGAAAAAGAAGAACACCAUAAACUGGGGUUGGAAGUAUUGUUUGGAGUCUUAGAUUUUGCUGGGUGCACUAAGAAUGUAACUGCUUGGAAAUAUUUGGCAAAAUAUCUGAAACAGAUUUUAAUUCAGAAUCAUCUUGCAUGGGUUCAAGAAGAGUGGAAUUCCAGGAAAAACUGGUGGCCAGGCUUUCACUUCAGCUUCUUUUGGGCAAAGAGUGAUUGGAAAGAAGAUACAGCUUUGGCCUGUGAGAAAGCUUUUGUAGCUGGAAUACUGUUAGGAAAAGGCUGUAGAUAUUUUCGGUAUGUCUCCAAACAGGAUCAUCAGGUCUUAAGGAAGAAAAUUAAGCGCAUGAAGAAAUCAGUGAAAAAAUACAAUAUUGUAAAUCCAAGACUCUGAUAUUAAAUUUUAGUUGUUUUUUCAGAAGCUACUAGGUAGUAUUUCAGUAGUUAUGGAUUGUAUUUAUUUGGUGUUUUAAUAGCUACAAAAAGUUAUUUUUAUAUAUUUUUAUAUUUUCUUUUGUUAUCAGUUAUAGCUAGAGAAAGAGUUUGAUUGCCUUUGCUCCUUGAAAAUUUAUAUUUUCUCUUUUGUAAUGCCAAAUGUAGCAUUUAUUAAGAAAUAGUUUUUCAAAUGGAAAAAUACUUGUUUAAUGAGAUAAUACAGUGCUACAACAGUUACUGUGUGCAGAUUUUCCUCUGAAAUUGUGUAAUAAAAUAUAACCUGUGGUGAAAUGAUUUUAUA